AUGGCUAAACAUGGAAAGAAAAUUGACAAAACUCAAAAAAAUACAAAUAAAUUAGAAAAUGAACAAAUUAAAGAAGGAAAUAAUUUAAAAAACAAACACCAAGAAUCCCCUCAAAAAAAUGAUAAAACACAUGAUGAAAUGGCUAGCCAAAAUAACACUGAAAAUAUAUAUCAAACAAAAGGUAUAAAUAAUAAUGAAGACAAAAUAAAGGAAACAGAAAUUACCAAAUUCAUCACAAAACAGCCAAAUAUUAUAGAAUCACAAAAAAAUUUAGAAAGUUUAUUGGCAUAUUAUGAUUCUAGUGAUGAACAAAAUGACCAAGUAAAACAAAAUAUAUUUAUUGAAAAUGACGAAAAAAUUAAUUCUCAAAUUAAAAACACAACGAGUAGUAGCGAAAGUAGUGAUGAUUCUCAAAACACUGAUCAUAAUAUAUCCAGUAAUACAAAACAUAAUGAAAAUAUUAACAAAAAUAGUAUAGAAGAAACAAAUCAAAAUAAUUCAAUCAAAGACGAUACAAAAAUAGAAAAUCAUGAAUAUAAUAAAAUAAACGAUGAUAAAAAUACAAACACUAAUCCUAAUGUUAAUAAAGAAAUAUAUAAAACAAAUCAAAAUUAUAUGACAAAUUUACAAAAUUCAUAUAACGCAAAUUAUAAUAAUACCCCAAUCCCAUUGAAUAAUAUGAACAAUACAUAUCAAACUUAUCCUAAUAAUAUAUUAUAUCAAAAUUAUAAUUAUUCCACAAAUUUUCCAAAUAAUAAUCAUCUUCAGAAUUAUCAACAAAACUAUAACAGUAGUUGUAAUACAAUUUAUAGUAACCCUUAUUUACACACAGGCACAUAUAAUUCCACUUUCCCAAACUAUGCUCAACCAAUAAAUAGUACUUACCAAAUAAAUGUAAAUAAAAAUUUUGAUAAAUUAUUUAAUAGUCAAUAUUUUUCAAAAGAUAAUAAAAAAAUUAAUGCCGAGUUUAAAAAUAUUCCAGUAAUAAAUCAAAAAGAAAUAUUAAAAGAUUGGAAACCUACAAUUGUAGAAGAAGAAAAAAAAAGUAAAAAAUAUGACAUAAAAACAAAAGUCUAUAAUCCAGCAAAUAAUACAUUUGAUAAAGUUAUUAUUCAUGGAAAAAAUCAAAAACGAAAACAUCAAAUUAAUUGGCUAGCUAAAGAAGCAGUUGAAAAAGAGUAUGAAAUAUUGCAAAAGGUUAAUCACAAUAAGCGUCGAACAACAAAUGACAAAUAUGGAUGGUAA